AUGAAGAAGAUCGAAGAAAGGAAUUUGCCUAAUGAUGAAGAAGUUGGAGGGACAAAAUGGGGUUUAUUAGUUGCUGGUUCUAAAGGUUAUGAGAAUUAUAGGCAUCAAGCUAAUGUUUGUCAUGCAUAGUAUUAAGAAAGGGUGGUCUUAAAGAUAGAAAAUAUCAUUGUUAUGAUGUAUUAUGAUAUUGCCAACAAUGAACAAAAUCCAAAUCCUGGCAUUAUAUUUAAUCAUCCAAAUGGACCAGAUGUUUAUGGUGGUGUUCUUAAGGAUUAUACAAGAGCCGAUGUUAAUGUAAAUAACUUUUAUGCUGUGCUUAGUGGAGACAAAAGUGCUAUCAAAGGAGGUAGUGGUAAGGUGCUGGAUACUAAUCCAAAUGAUAUCAUUUUCAUUUUCAUUUACAUGGCUAGUCAUGGUAAUGCAGGUUCCUUCGUACUGCCGGAUGGAAACGUUUUAUGGGCCGACGAGUUUGUAGAUGCAUUGAAGAAAAAAAAUGAUGCUAAGUCCUACCAAAAGAUGGUGAUAUAUGUAGAAUCAUGUCGUUCUGAAAGCAUGUUUGAAGGGCUUCUUCCAAUUAAUAUAAGUAUUUAUGCAACCACAGCUAGCAAUGCAAAUGAGAGUAGUUAUGCAUGUUAUAGUCCCUCACAAACUCGUCCAUCACGGUAUACAACUUGUUUGGGAGAUUGGUACAGCGUUUCAUGGUUGGAAGAUAGAGUAGAAAAUAUUAAACCAAAAGACAACAUGGCCCAUGUGAUGGAAUAUGGAGAUUUAUUUUUAAGCAAUGAUUUUCUAGUUACAUAUAUUGGUGCUAGCCCCAUUGAAGUUAAUCACAGCUACAAUUUCAAUAGAACUGCUGGUCAUGAGUAUUCCUAUGAACAGUUCAAUACGACAACAAGAUUUGUUAGUAAGGAAGAUGCUUAUUUACUUCAUUUGAAGCUUAAGUUGGACGAGGCACAAGAUGGUUCCAAGGAUAAGUCAAAAAUACAAAAAGAAUUAGAUGUUGAAAUUGCUCAUAGAAAGCAUGUAGACCACACUAUCAAUUUCAUUAGAGACAUUUUGUUUAGAGAAGAGAUAAGCUCCACUAAGAUGGAACAUGUUCGUUCAGUCGGUCAAUCUCUUGUCGAUGAUUGGAAUUGUCUUAAAUUCCUGAUGAUUGCUAUUGCAAGAUACAUUGAUGCUGAUUGGAACACCUUAUCAGAUGACUCCAAAGAAACCAGUGGCUAUAUUUUCAGUACAGUCGGUGGUGUUGUAUCUUGGAAAUUGAAGAAACAUACGAUACUGGCUCAGUCCACUAUGGAGUUUGAAAUGAUCGCACUAGCUACUGCUUGUGAAGAAGUAAGCCGGUUGAGUCUGAAAUCAUUGUUGGUCGGGCUUGGGCUUGGGCUUGGCUAA